UGUCCUCCACCCGAUGAAGGUCCACACCCAGGUUUUCUACCCCCACAUGUCCCUGGAGAAGGCAUGUCCAUGGCGAUGCCAAUGCCUCCACCAACACAAGGUGGGCCAUACGCAGUGCCGCCCGGCCACUUUCCUCACCCAAUGCUGGGGCACAUGGGUCCAGGUCCGUGGACAGACAUGGGAGGAGACACAGCAACUGUCCUGGCUCCAUCGGGUACAGCCACCACGGUGACGGUACUGCAAGGAGAAAUUUUCCAGACAUCACCAGUGGAGACCGUGUGUCCGCACUGCUCGCAGGCAAUUGUUACCCGAUUUUCCAAUGAUGUCGGUCUCAUGAAGGCCCAAUCCCAUCUCUUCUGCUUCUUUUUUGGUUGUGAUCUCGGCUGUUGCUUGAUUCCCUGUCUGAUUGAUGACCUUAAGGAUGUGACACACACUUGCCCAAGCUGUAAUGGGUACAUUUACAAAUACAAGCGUAUCUGCUAACCACCGACAGCUGUAUGAGCCAUGUACAUGCACACAGAUGAACUCACAGCUCCCCCUGCAGAUAGUGACACCCCCACAUUUUUGCAUAGUGUGUUGUAGCCUUCUUAUAUAGUA